AUGCCAGAGAUGCUUUGCUUCAGAGAUGGCGAUUCAAAAGAUCAUUAUACUACGAUACGUCCAUACAGAGACCUCUUUAUUUUGCAACCAGAUCGGUGGAACUUCAUCUGGUACGGCCUGCGACAUCACGCUCUGGCAUCACGACAAGAAGGAGAAGAUGGAUUUGUGAACUUGGCCAUAGAGUACAAUCCUCGUUGGAGAGAAACUGGCCCCGGAAUCGUUCAGAUGGCGCAAAGGAUUAUCGAAGCCAUUAUCAACACGCAUGCCUUCCCUGUCUGGAUAAUCGAUUACAGCAUCAAGAAAUCCCAAGGCCAUGCUCAUACUAUACCUAAAUCAGAAGAGAAUCGAUACGGCAUUGCAGUAUUCUACGGACAAGGCCGUAGAUUUGUCCAAGUUGAUUCUUCUGUGGAUAUUGGUGCGGAGAGAGGCAAUGCUGACAGUCAUUCUCCAUGCUCCGAGAGUUUUGUUAAGGACCUCGAAGCCACAAUAUACAAACAGUGGGAGCAUUAUCCUUUGCGAGGCGGCAAACAGAUGCCCGGUCCAACUAUUGGCCUCUUGGCGUGCGAAGACUGUUGA